AUGCCUCAAAAAAUUACUGUCGCAGCGGCACAAGCCCGAACUCUUUCUACACUUGAGUCAACCCUCGCCGCUCUCAAGCAAACUACCCAGUAUGCAGCUUCAAAGGGUGUUCAUCUUCUGCUAUUUCCAGAAGCGUAUCUAGGAGGAUACCCUCGCACCUGUGACUUUGGAACUGCUGUUGGCGCACGUGCUCCUUAUGGCCGGGAUCAAUUCCUUGAAUACUUCCGCGCAGCCGUCGACCUGGGCGAUACACCCGCCGGAGCGGGUGAUGACUGGGUGGAGCGCAAGCUUCCCGUUGCUAAAGGCCGAAACCGCCGGGGUGAUGGUACAAGAGAGUUCCUCGAACAGGUAUCCCGAGAAACGGGUGUCUUCAUCGCAACUGGAUUGAUUGAAAAGGCUGGUGGCAGCUUGUAUUGUUCUGCCGUGUAUGUCGAUCCAUUGCGGGGUAUUCUGGGGAAGAGACGAAAGGUGAUGCCGACUGACACUGGUUUGAAAUUUGUGGAACAGACUGGCUCGGAGCGUCUUGUCUGGGCUCAAGGAUCUCCGUCCACCCUGAAGGCUAUCACUACUGAGCUCAAUGGAGUCAAGCUCACUAUCGCUGCCGCUAUUUGUUGGGAGAGUUUUAUGCCUUUGCUUCGCCAAAGUCUUUAUUCGCAAAAUGUGAACAUUUACCUCGCCCCGACAGCUGACAGUCGUGAUACUUGGCUGCCUCUCAUGCGUACUAUCGGCGGCGAAGGCCGCACUUUUGUGCUCUCAUGCAAUCAAUGCGUACGGUACAAUGAAUUGCCGUCCUGGAUUACUGAGCAAGAAAAGGAUUCGCAAGAGCCUUCACUUCGCUACAUCUCGCGGGGUGGUUCUUGCAUCGUCGGACCUCUUGGCGAGGUUGUGGCUGAGCCAAUUUGGGAAGUCAGCACUGAUGACGCAACAGAUGAAUCCAGCAUUGGAAAAGGGCUCGUGAUUUCCGAGAUCGACUUGGAGGAUUGUGAGCGCGGCAGACUUGACAUGGACGUUGCGGGAAGCUAUUCAAGGAACGAUGCAUUCCAGUUGACAGUCGAUGGGCUUGACCUGAACCCUCCUCCUUUUUGA